CUCUGUGGCAGCAGGUGGGAGGUUGUUGUGGGGCGCCGCCAUAGCCGCCUUGCUGGUUGUGCUGGUGGAGAGGCACAGGUGGCUGAGCCAGUGCUGCCCUGUGAGCUCCCUCCCCGCAGGAGCCUCUGCAGGACCCCCGACUCGUGUAGCCCUGCAGCCUGCUACAUGCUUCCCAGGCUGGAAAACACCAACACACCUUCAGGGUUGGUGUCAUUUGAAGAUGUGGCUGUGGACUUUACCCAGGAAGAAUGGCAGACAAUGGACAAUACUCAGAGGACCCUGUACAGGGAGGUGAUGCUUGAGACCUAUAACAAUCUGCUGUCCUUGGGAUACUCCAUGACAAAGCCUGAUUUGAUCUUCAAAUUGGAGCAAGAAUCAGCACCAUGGACAGUGGAGAAAUCUGUCAAGCUGAGACUUGUGGAUCCCCAUGGAAAGAAUGAGCUGCUUGGAGCUAAUCAGAAAGGUCAGGAAAUAAUCUUCAGGAAGCCUGAUGAAAUGUCAUUUGAAAAGAAGCAUGCCUCUAAUAUCCCUGAGAACAACUUCGAGAGUGAGGAAAGUCUCAGUCAGCUUGACAAGAUCCACAUUUGUCAGCAGUCCUUUGAACACAAUGUAAAUGAGAAAACUAGUAGUGGUAAGAUGAUAGUCCUUACGUGUGAACAAGUUUAUGCCAAAGACAUAUGUAAUCUGCAACCUGUCAGUGUGGAAGAAGCAAUUCAUGUUGGCUCCUAUAAAUUUUGCCUUGCCACCAAACAGAAAACUGACACAGAAGACAAUUUGUAUGUGUCCAGUGAAUGUAAAGAAAACAUGGAGCAGAAGUCAGAACGCAAUAGAGAUCAGAUCCUUCGAAGUGCAGAGAAUCCAUAUGAAUGCAAUGUGUGUGGAAAAGCUUUUCCUCAGAAGUCACACCUCAUUAGACAUCAGAGAAUCCACACAGGAGAAAAACCUUAUGAAUGUAGCGAGUGUGGAAAAGCUUUUCCUCAAAAGCCACACCUCAUUAGACAUGAGAGAAUCCACACUGGGAAAAAUCCUUAUAAAUGCAGUGAGUGUGGAAAAGCUUUUCCUCAAAAGUCAAGCUUAGUGAUACAUCAGAGGGUCCACACUAGGGAAAAACCUUAUGAAUGUAGCCAGUGUGGAAAAGCUUUUUCUCAUAAAUCAAGCGUUAUAGCACAUCAGAGAAUCCACACCGGGGCAAAACCUUAUGAAUGUAGUGAGUGUGGAAAAGCUUUUCCUCAAAAGCCACACCUCAUUAGACAUCAGAGAAUCCACACAGGAGAAAAACCUUAUGAAUGUAGUGAGUGUAGAAAAGCUUUUCCUCGGAAGUCACACCUCAUUAGACAUCAGAGAAUCCACACUGGGGAAAGACCUUAUGAAUGCAGUCAGUGUGGAAAAGCGUUUUGUCAGAAGUCAAGCAUUAGAACACAUCAGAGAACCCACACUGGGGAGAAACCUUAUGAAUGUGGCCAGUGUGGAAAAGCUUUUUCUCAGAAGUCUCAGCUAAUCAUACAUCAGAGAUCACACACAGGGGAGAAACCUUAUGAAUGUAGCCAGUGUGGAAAAGCUUUUUCUCAGAAGUCUCAGCUAAUCAUACAUCAGAGAUUACACACAGGGGAGAAACCUUAUGAAUGUAGUGUGUGCCUUAAAGCCUUUCCUCAUCAGUCAGGAUUCCUUCAGCAUCAGCGAAUCCACACUGGGAACGAACCUUAUGAAUGUAGAGAGUGUGGAAAAGCUUUUACUCAUAAGUCAAACCUCAUUACUCAUCAGAGAAUCCACACUGGGGAAAAACCUUAUGAGUGUAGUGAGUGUGGAAAAGCUUUUUCUACUAAAUCAAGCAUUAUAUCACAUCAGAGAAUCCACACUGGGGAAAAACCUUAUGAAUGUAGAGAGUGUGGAAAAGCUUUUACUCAGAAGUCAAACCUCAUUACACAUCAGAGAACCCACGGGGAAAAGCCUUAUGUAUGUAGUGAAUGUGGAAAUGCAUUUACCGAUCAGUCACGUUUUGUUAAACAUCACAAAAUCCACACUAGGGAAAAGCCUUAUCAAGGUACUGAGUUUGGAAAAGCUUUUUCUCCAAAGUCAAGCCUAAUGAUACAUCAGAGUCCACACAGGGGAGAAACCUUAUAA